AUGCAGGCGAAUAGUACCGACGCCAAAAAUGUCGACGAGAACCAAGUUGCAUUCUCCCACGAAGAGCUACACUCCGAUGAUGGCAUAUCCCCGAGACUGCUUUCUCGAGUAAAAUGGAAGUUGGAUCUUUUUAUUCUGCCGAUCAUAUCGAUUGUAUACUUCUUUGCACAAAUGGGAAGAUCAGACUUAGCCAACGCCCAAGUUGCGGGACUCUCAGAUGAGUUGAAACUCUCUCCUAGAGACUAUUCAAAUGCGGCAACGGUACUAUUGGUAGCCUAUGUCGUUUUCCAGCUACCGGGCACGCUCUUGAUCAAGCGGAUUGGGUCGGCGAGACAGUUUGCAGGAGCCAUGCUCAUAUGGGGUGCAAUUACCGCAUGUACCGUCGCCAUCCGCAACAAAGACGAACUCUUUGCCCUGCGCUUUCUGACCGGAGCAGCUGAGGCAUUCGUUCAGGGCGGAGUUUUUUACCUGUCUUUCUGGUAUCAGUAUAGCGAGCUUGCCACGCGUGGGGCUAUCUUCUAUUCCAUGAGUACAUUGGCGGGUGCAUUCAACGGGUUGAUCGCCUACGGUAUCGAAAAAGAUAUGGAUGGGCUUCGUGGCUGGAGAGCCUGGCGCUGGAUAUUUUUAAUCGAAGGAGUUAUGCCUUGUGUGGCGGCGGUCUUCGUGUUGUUUCUACUUCCCAACAGCCCCGAGACCUUGAAAUUCGGCUUUACAGCAGAGGAAAAAGCAUUGGUAGUGCGACGCAGCCGUCUCGCCCAUAAUACCCCUGAGGCGAGACUUGAAAUAAAGAAGGUUCCACUGGUGCUUCUCAGUCUACAUUUCUGGCUCUUGCUUGGCAUUGCUUGCUGUGGCCAUUUUUGCGUUGGGUCGAUCUCCAACUUUCUUCCUGCGAUUAUCCAGGGCUUUGGAUACACCUCGAUCAACACUCAACUGUUUUCCGUCAUAGUAUACAGCUGCGCCUGUGCCGGUGUAUUAUUCUGGGCCAAGGUAGCUGACCGAACAAACGCUCGAGGUCUAACAAUCGCAGCAUCAACUUGCGGAGCGAUCGUGGGCUACUCAUUGCUGCUCGGUUUAGAGAAUAAGAAAGCCAGAUUCGGCGCAACUUGCCUUGUCGCCUUCUCAGUGUACCCGAGUGUGGUUCUUCAGCUUUCCUGGUCGGCCAUGAGCUUUGUUGGUUAUACACGAAGGUGA